UUAGAUUAUGCUCUUCUGAUAAAAAAUAACUUUUAUAAAAUAUCCUCUAAAAAAAUCAUAAAAUAACCCCAUCAAACGCCAACAUUAACCUCUCCAUGUCAACUGUGCUCAAUGAGAAUAAGAGGUUAUCCAUUUCUAUUUUAUUUUUUUAUUUCUCUUUAUGAUAGAUUGACAAUCCUUCCAUUGUCGUUACAUGUUCCACCUCUUUCUCAACGACUACCUCCUCCACAAUACGACGCCCCUAUUCUCUUAUUCUCCACCACCUUUACCUUAGUCAAAUGUGAUGCCAACAUCAACCUCUUCGUGUCAAUCCCACAGCCAAUGCCUAGCUCCCACGGCCAACAUUUUCAGUUUUAUUGGUCAUAGUUCGUCUUGCCACUGUGGCACUUGCAUGCUUAAAUUUCAAUCCUUCCUCUCGUCCAACAAUGAAAUGCGUCUCUCAAUGUUUUCUUUCUGAGCUCACACCAAUAAACAUCCCCUUGCGUGAAGUUUCAUUGCAGCAGCUCAUGAGUCAAGAACUAAGGCACUAUUUAAAAUAGUGAAGUCCUGAAUGUGAAACUUCUAGUUGAAAUUAGGCCUUAUCAGCAUUGAAUAAAAAAUUUGUUGUUUAUUUGGCUGAAGUGUUAUAAAACUUCACGAAUUUCCGUUUUUCAAGUUAAACUAGUUCUCAUUAAAUUGUGUAUAUCAAAUGGAAUGUAAUGGUUUGCUCGUAGGUCCGUGGUCUGUAAUAAGAUGUGUUUAGAGUUAGAUAUGUCUCUAACUUUGUUUUUUCCUAACUUAAUAUUUUGGUAGGACUACUCAUUAUGACUCGUAUUUAAUUUGAUAAAGUUAGACAUUGUCUGCAUCAUGCAUGGAAGCUUUUUCGUUUUCCCUAUGCCCAUCCACAUAUCCUAGGUGCCAUUUUUGUGGUUCUAUGGGUUUGUCUCUCAAAAAUGUUCAAUGGAACGAUUUUUUUAUUUCUCUGUGAAUUUCUUCAUGUAUGAAUCAUUAUCAAAAUUAUUUUCAGUCCAUUUAAUUAUUGAAAUAAUCAACAUUAAUCUCUUGAAUUAGGUUAAAAGGUUUUGAAUCAAUCAUAUGCCAGGAAAACAUAAGACACUAAUUUAGCUUGAAAUGUUGAAAUUGGAAUAAUAUAUACGUUAGAGAUAGUCUUUCUACAUUAAUUUUAGUAUCAAUUGAAAGCUGAAUUUAUACUCAAUUAAUUGAGUGUUAUUUUAAUCAAAUUGAUAAAAGUUAAAAUGACCACAAAAUGUGCUAUUUGUUCCCAUGCUGUCUUUUAGUGUUAGUUUCCUAAUAUUUGUAUUCCAAGUGUACGAUAAAUUUAUUUAGUGGCCUUGUUUUUAUCAGUACUGGUAUCUACUGAGUACUAACACUACUAAACCUAUAUCUGUUUUUUGCCUGAGAAGAUAUAAAGUCUUCGGUCUGUGUAAAAUAUAAUAAAUAAUAGUACCUUUGCCAAAAAAAAAUUGAUCUAACUUACACAGUGAAUUUAAAGGAAAAAUAUAUUGUUUAUUAGCAGGUUGGCAUUAGCAAAAGCCAAUAGUUGGAUGGCCUGUGCCCAAACUUUGUCUCUUUCUCUUGGGGUAAUUUAGGUUGUCAAGUGUUGCUUUAUUAUGCACUUUGUUGAAAACUCAGUUGUCUGGUGUGAAUGAAUGACUCUAUCAUGGAAGAACAACACCUUUUUAUCUUUGAUUCUAAGGCGUUGAGAUUGCUUUUAUGGAGGAAAAAAGAACAAAAUAUUUGUGAGAAGAGGUGAAGGAGAAUUUGGUACAAACCUCUAAAGGCAACUAUUAAGAAAUAUAAAUGAGCCAAAAUACAGAUGAUGCUUCAAGUUCAACUCUAUCAAAGCUUAUGACAAGUGUAAUUUCAAAACUUUUAUCAGUAUGUGAAUUUUCUAGUGUGAAUUUCACGUCAAUUGAGGACCAUCCAUUUACACAAGUCAUACUAGAAUAAGUUGUGCUAGAUAACAUAAAGUCAUCAUUGUUUCUUCCUUAUCUCUUUCCAUGAAAUUGUUUACGACUUCUCUUGAGACCUAAACUUGUGGUGGCCCCUCGGAUUGAUCUAAAGGUUAAUCCCAAAAUGACAAUACUGUCCUCAUCAUGGGACAUCAUCAGGGACAACAAAUUUUAAGCAUUCUCAUUCAUUAAACCCUUUAUUCUAAGUUUAUAUUUGGAAAAAUAUUGGUAAAAUUAAUUUUGAUUAAAACUAUAUAAAGAUGCUUUAGCCUUAAAAUCAACAAACACACUAAAUAGAUGUAGCCUCUGAGAAAUGCAUGCAUUGAAUUUUUCAAAGUUGACUCUAAUUCAACAAAUGCCGUGACUCCGUGAGUCAAUGGGGCAAAGCAUGUUUAUGCAUGUUUUAGUCAAUCUUGGAUUUUUUGAGGAUAAACGAGUGAUCAACUAACAUGUUAGUCCCAGACAUAAAUAAAGUUCAGUUUCUCAUAAAUCUCAUAAGCAAAAUCUUUCUCUGUAAGAUACCACUAACUAUGGGAUGCAGCAUUUUGUUUUUCACAAAAUAUUUUGAUCUGCAAAGGAUGCAGAAUUUCUCUGUGACUGCCUUUAUUGUUAUUUAUGGUAUGGUUAUUAUGGAGAUAGUAUUGGAGUUAGAAGCCGCGCCUACAGCAUCGCAGCUUCGAUCGGAGGCAAUUGCAAUAAAAAAUAGUGGAUGGUGGAAUCAACAGCAGCCAAAACCAUACGAUAUAUGUUUGUGGGAUGGCAUAGUUUGCAACAACGAUGGAAGCAUAACAGGAAUCACGUAUCCGUUUAUAACAAAAGGAAUUAGAUUUGCAACACUUAACUUAUCCGCUUUCAAGAAUUUAGAAAGGCUAGAGGUCUGGGAAAGUGGACUAAACGAGACCAUCCCACAAGAAAUUGGUAAUCUCCCAAAACUCACUCAUCUAGAUAUGUCCUACAAUAAUCUUUAUGGUGAGAUACCUUCCUCACUAGGAAAUCUUACCCAAUUAAAGAGCCUAAUCAUCUCCACUACCAGCAUUCAAGGCCCCAUUCCUCAUGAAUUGUUCUUCCUGAAAAAUCUUACUGUGUUAGAUCUAUCUUGCAACAGAAUCAAUGGGACCUUGCCCAUUUCACUUACAAAUCUCACUAAAUUAGAAAGGCUUGACAUUUCUCACAAUCUACUAGUUGGUUCCCUAGAACCCUUUUCAGUUGGAAGCCAUGCAACACUAACCACUAUUGACAUCAGUCACAACUUCAUUAGUGGUGAAAUACCGCCAGAGCUUGGAUAUGUCAACUACUUUCCAUCCUUAGAAAGUUUGGAUCUAAGCUAUAAUAAUCUUACCGGGGCAGUUACUCUAUUCAACAAACCUUUCUCUAAUUUGAACAUUUCAUUCAAUUAUUUAAAGGGUCCCAUUCCAGAUAGUUUCCCUGCUUCUGCGCUCGUAGGCAACGAGGAUCUUUGUAGCGACAUAUUAUAUACUCAAACCAACUUCCAAUUCCAGCCUUGUUCAGCCAGUGGCAACAAGGUAAGACACAAACUGGUCAUAGUUCUUCCUAUCCUUAUUUUUCUAAUCUUGGCCUUCUUUCUGCUGAUAUAUCUAUGGUUCAUUCACGUUAAAAUUAAAAACAAACAUGCAAAUACAACCUCAGCAACUAAGAAUGGGGAUUUGUUCUGUAUAUGGAAUUAUGAUGGAAGCAUAGCCUAUGAAGACAUCAUUAGAGCAACCCAAGACUUUGACCUGAAAUAUUGUAUUGGGACAGGAGCUUAUGGGAGUGUUUAUAAGGCACAAUUACCUAAUGGAAAGGUUGUUGCCUUGAAAAAACUUCAUGGCUUUGAAGCAGAGGUGCCGGCUUUUGAUGAGAGUUUCAGAAAUGAAGUCAAAGUAUUAUUAGAAAUAAAGCAUCGACAUAUCGUGAAGCUCUUUGGAUUUUGCUUGCACAGAAGAAUCAUGUUUUUGAUCUAUGAGUACAUGGAAAAAGGAAGCUUGUUUUCAGUCCUGUAUGAUGAUGUAGAAGCAAUGGAAUUGGAUUGGAAAAAGAGGAUUAACAUAGUGAAAGGCACUGCACAUGCUCUUUCAUAUCUUCAUCAUGAUUGCACUCCUCCUAUUGUUCACAGAGAUAUAUCAGCCAGCAAUGUAUUGCUUAACUCAGAGUGGGAGCCUAUUGUUGGUGACUUUGGCACAGCCAGACUCCUCCAACGUGACUCAUCCAAUAGAACUAUAGCUGCUGGAACCAUUGGAUAUAUAGCUCCUGAACUUGCCUAUACAAUGGUCGUGAAUGAAAAAUGUGAUGUUUUUAGUUUCGGAGUAGUGACACUUGAAAUUUUGGUGGGGAAACAUCCUAAGGAAAUCCUGUCAUCACUCCAAUCAGCAUCAACUCGUAUCAUCACAUUAUAUGAACUAUUGGAUCGGCGCCUCCCAUCACCAAAUAUUGAAGUUUCACUAGACAUAGUUCGUGUUGCUAUGAUAGCAUUUGCAUGCUUGAAUCCCAAUCCUUGUUCUCGUCCAACGAUGAAACAAGUGUCUCAAUGUUUUUUGAGUCAGCCAACUCCAUUACUCAUUCCUUUGCAUGAAAUUUCGUUGCAGCAGCUCGUGAGACAAGAACUCCAAUCAUCUGGAAUUGUCAACUCCGCGUAGAGAAACUUCAAAAUGCACCUUUUUUUUUCUUCUAUCAAUUAUUAAAGACUUGGUCAAAGUCCAAGUAUUAUUUGCAGGCAUAGUUAGAUACUCCCUCUCUCAUAAUAUGACUGAUGUUUAAGCAUUAUGAAAAAUCUUCUUAAAUAAAAUAUAUU